UACAAUUUUAAUUGAUUUUUUCCUAUUUUUUCUAUACCCCUGCCACAAAAAUUUCCAGCUGUUUCUUUCUUUCGGUUCCACUACGUUCUCUCUCUCUCUCUCUUCCCAUAUCUCUAUAAAUUUCUUCAAAUCUCCAUACCUUUUUCCAUGCCUUUUCUCUCGGUACGGUUUCAGAAUCUCCUUUCAGUUUUUUGUUCUAGAGAGAGAAAACACUAAGCGACACUGUCGAUUUCUACUAACCUCAACUUCAGAUUCGGAUCUCUCAAGUGUUCCAACCAGGACACGAUAGUUGCUGUCCGUUUCCCCCUGAUCCGAUCCGGUUCUUUUAUCCAAAGUUUUCAACGAGAGAUUCCUUUUUGUUUGUAUAGUUUCGUUUAACUUUGAUCGAAAAUGCUGCCUCUUUCAUUCCCUCUCUGUUGCAUCUUUUAUCAGCUUAAGAAAUGAGGCGAUUACUUUGAAAAGUAACUAUCUAGCAUUAAAAAGCCAACAGCGGACCAAUUUAGAUGGUGUGCAGCAGCUGUGUCAGGAGUAUAAUUGUUCAAACUGCGCAUAUAGGAAAAAUAUUAACCCCGAAAAGGGUGCAUUUACAAAGUAUUGGAAGGAAUUUAUAUGUCGCUGCUGGAGGAGUAAAGUUUUGGUGGAAUCGUGAAUUCCGGACGAAUGCUAGGAUGAUGGUUCAUUCAGGUGCAACAGCAAACCAGGGUCCCGUUGUGGAUAUGUUUCUGGAGAAAGAUGAUGAUGGUGGAUAUGUUAGCGGACGGUGGAAAAGUGAAGAUGGAAAAUUAAGCUGUGGCUAUUCAAGUUUCAGGGGAAAGAGAGCAACCAUGGAAGAUUUCUAUGAUAUUAAAAAUUCCAAGAUUAAUGGGCAGGCAGUCUGCAUGUUUGGAAUCUUUGAUGGGCAUGGUGGUUCUCGUGCUGCUGAGUAUUUGAAGCAACACCUUUUUGAGAACCUAAUGAAGCAUCCACAGUUCAUGACUGACACCAAACUUGCCAUAAGUGAAACAUAUCAACAAACUGAUAUCGAUUUCUUGGAUUCUGAAAGAGAUACUUAUCGAGACGAUGGUUCAACUGCUUCAACAGCAGUGUUGGUUGGUAACCAUCUAUAUGUUGCCAAUGUUGGAGACUCAAGGACUAUAAUAUCCAAGGCCGGAAAAGCAAUCCCUCUCUCCGAAGAUCAUAAACCAAAUAGAAUUGAUGAACGGAAGAGAAUCGAAAAUGCUGGAGGGGUGGUUAUGUGGGCAGGAACUUGGAGGGUAGGAGGUGUGUUAGCUAUGUCUCGAGCUUUCGGUAAUCGCAUGUUGAAGCAAUUUGUUGUUGCAGAACCAGAGAUCCAGGAUAAAGAGAUAGAUGAAGAGUUUGACUUGCUUGUGCUUGCUAGUGAUGGAUUAUGGGAUGUAGUGCCUAAUGAGGAUGCUGUUUCGGUUGGCAGAGCAGAAGAAGAAGCAGAGAAAGCCGCUAGAAAGUUGACAGAAACUGCUUUCAGGCGAGGGAGUGCGGACAAUAUAACAUGCAUUGUGGUGAGAUUCCACCAUGACAAGGCAGAAUCAGUUAAUCCCCGAGCAUAAUUGGAAAUCCUUAUAUUAUUGCAUUUGCAUGUGUAGAUUUAUUGAUAAUUUAGGUAGUUUUAAUUUUGAAAUCUGCAUGUGACUUAUGGCCAAUGUGCAUAUACGAAGGAGAGAAUUUGUUUAUUCAUUGUUUUAUUAUUUCCAAAUUGUUCUCUAGUACGGAAUACGUGGACCUUGUCCAUAAUAUAAACACACUCGUGUGCUCAUCUCCCUGUUUAGUUGAAAUCUAAUAAAACCAUGUCUAGUUAAUAUAUUAA